ACCGGCACCGCUUAACGGGGCACCGGCACCUCCGAGAACUGCUGCGACCAGCACUGCCCCGGGAGCGGCUGCUCCACCGUGGACAGGGCUGCCACAGCGCCUGAUGGCCGUGGAGAAUCUCACCCUGUGGCGCAGCAACAGCAGCGGAGCCCUGUGCCCCGUGGACACCACCUUCGCCCAACGCUUCUUGCCCACCAUCUACCUGGUGGUGAUCCCCCUGGGGCUGGUGGGGAACGGGCUGGGCCUCUGGCACCUCUGCGCCGGGCACCGGCAGGGCGCCCGCCGUCCCCUCGGCCUGCUGGUGGGCAACCUGAGCGUGGCCGACCUGCUGUACGUCAGCACGCUGCCCUUCCUCAUCAGCUACUACCUGCGGGGCAGAGUGUGGCUCUUCGGGCAGGGCUGGUGCCAGAUCACCCGGGGCCUCUUCCACCUCAACCUCUAUGCGAGCAUCGGCUUCCUCACCUGCAUCAGCAUCCACCGCUACCUGGGCAUCGUGCACCCGAUGAAGACGCGGGGCAGGUGCCAGGGGGCAACAUCUUCGGUGUGGCUCAGCGCGAUUGUCUGGCUGUGGGUCAUCACGCAGGUAGCUCCCAAUUUUGCCUUCAGCAAGAUGGAUGACACAGGAAUGCGGUGUCACGACACAACAGGGUACAAGAACCUGGGCAUUUACUUGCCGUACACCAUGGCCAUUACCAUGACUGGAUUCGUUGUCCCAUUCCUCAUCAUCAUUGGAUGCUACUGUCAUGUGGUGGUGGUGCUCUGCAGGAACAACACCAUGGACCUCAGCAUGAGAAGAAGAAGCAUCAGACUGGUGAUUCUUGUGAUGGUCGUCUUCUCCAUCUGCUUUCUCCCCUACCACAUCUUCAGAAACCUCAACUUGUUGUCUCGAGGCUGGCAGCUGCAAGGGUCCUGCACGCAGGCUUUAAAGAACAUCUAUGUUUCCUACCAGGUGACCCGGGGCCUGGCCAGCUUCAACAGUGUUCUCAACCCCCUGCUCUAUGUGAUGACCAGCAAAGACUGCAUGGAACGUAUGAGGACCAUCCACCAAAGAGCCAGCCAGUCCCUGGGAUCCACCUUCAAGACAAAAACCUCUCACCAGACAGAUGAUAAGAUGGUCAGCAUCAUUCUUUGUGAGGAGGAGGCUUCUGAUGAGCUCUGAGGUACCCAACACCCCCUCCAAAGGAUGCACCACUUCGCUUUGUGCUUGGCCCCUUCUCGGGAGCAGCCCCCCACCUCUGUGCCUGUUUUGCAGAGAGAUGGUGACAGCAGCAUCACUGGCUCCAAACUCACACAAGGGACAGACAGGACUGCCGGCAUCAGAGAUCAAACUGGGACCAGGUUUUAGAGCAAAGCUACUCAACCCAACCAUUUUGCCUGUAGUAUGCCUGGAGAUGGAAAGAGAGAAAUGUUGCGUUUACUCCAGUUCUGAAGUAUUUCUCAGUCCAGCCUCCAGUGGAGCUCAGAGGUGGUCAGCAUCUGCCCGGCCAUCAUCGAGCUCCUCAGUGAGUGAGGGAUGGGGGUGAACGAUGCCUUGCCCCCCCACUGUCUCCUCUCACCCCCAAUGGACAUGGGCUUGAGACAGGAUUCCCUCCUUCACCCAAGGAGAGGGUACCAAUAAAUAACUCCCUGCAUUGCAUGACAGCUGAGAGGGUGAAUUUUUGCAGGGGGAAGUGCUUUGGAAAUGGAAAGAUUCAUAAAAAUAUCACGUUUUAAAUAUAUGACUAAGCUGUGCCAGUUCCUGGUUAGUUGUUCCUGGGUGACUGAGCUGCUUCAGGAUCUGCGUUAUCCUCUACUGCCCACCUCCUUCACAGAAGAAAAAAGUAUUUUAGCAUUACUCACUUCUUUUGAAGGAGCAUAUAGCAGACAACAAAUUGGCAUUUUAAAGUUUCUGGAGGCUGUUGGUUGGGUUUGGUUUUUUUGCAACCACUGCUUUCAGCAGACAAAUCCCAGGAGAGGUUUGAAAUCUUCAGGUGGGUGGCUGCAUCUUGCAUCCAGCUCUUGCAUCCAGCCUUGCAAAGGGAUUAGAUGUGCCUAGUAAAAACUAGGCAUGAAAAAAAAAGAGAGAGAGGCAAUGCUAGUUUGAAGGCUUGUGAAGGCAAGAUUCAAUGGCGAGGGCAGUCUGUGUGUUGUUGCCGGGGGAGGCCGUGGGGAUCUCUGCUUUGGGGGGAGCAGAAGCUCCCAAGUGGCGUUUUGCUUUUUGCUUUUGGUGUUCCCCACCAUGAACAGCUUGAACGCUUUGGUCCUUGUGAAGGGAGCAAUGUGAUUUGCAACAGCGGAUCUUGCAGCUCAGCUGAAGGAAGUGGCCUGUGAGUUAAAAUCAACCCACGCUAGCAAAGUGCUUACCCACAGACGCAGCGCUCUUUGGACCGAAGCCCAAUAUUUGCCAUGGUCAGCUCUGCUCCUUGCUCGGACCCACCUUUGCUGCUGCUGCAUGGAGGGAGCUGUGGUUGGCUUUCAGAUGGAGUUAGUAUGUCUAAAG